AUCCAUUCCCAUGGCUCGCUCUAUUCUUCAUUCUCGUACAUAAUAUUGACGAGAAAACGAUCAAAAGCAAAUGUAAACAAUCUCCAAAUCGCAUGGAUGCCCUACACAGUUCCAAAAAAAUCUCCAAACUCAACACCAUAAACGGCAGCGUUUCCCCUAUCAACACACGCUUUAACGCCGACUCCACGCUCAUCAGAUACCUUCGCGGUGGAUCUCCGAUCACAUCCUCUCCUUGUAAUGCUAAAAACGACGCCUUCUCCUCUCAGGAGUUCAGCUCCAGCAGAAGCAGCUUUGGAAGGUCCUUGUCGCCGCUGUCAUCGAUCGAAAAUGUGAUGUCAACGCCGGUGUAUGGGACGCCUGUCAAGGUUGUGGAUCAUGAUGUGCUGGUGAUGGAUGGGAUUUUAGUGGAGUCUGUUUCUGGAGGUAGGGUUUCUAGGUCUCUGGCGUCUGAUUCCGGUGAUUCGUCAUCCAAUUCUUCGUCUUCUUCGCCAGGAAUUAGCGUGUAUAAGACGGAGCUAUGUCGGUCUUGGGAGGAAUUUGGACAGUGCCGGUAUGGCUCCAAAUGCCAGUUUGCGCAUGGAAAAGAAGAGCUUCGACCGACUUGUUUCCCCAUGAAGAGCAAAGCUGAAACGCAUGCUUUCAAGUCGCACACCGCUGCUUCAUAUUCUUUUGGCCAGAAGUCGCGUUUCCUCAUGGCUGAAGGAGCGGUUGCAGCAAGCCAUUCCAAACCUGAAUACAGGAACAGAAGCCCUAACAUCGCCAGCUCAAGCAUCACGCUGGCGCAACGCAUCAAACCAGAAAUCCACAACAAAAAACCUCAAGACUGGUCGCCCUUGGAUGAUGGCAUUAAAGUUGCCUUGCCAGGUGACGUUGACUAUUCAUUAUCAAGAAAAGAUGUUGAUGCCUAUAUCCAUAGAAUUCUUCAUGGCCCAAGAACAGGAAAGAGGUUGCCUGUGUUCACUGAAUUUUGCCUAUAGUAGUUAUUACUUACAAGAGUUUCUCUGGUUGCUUAUAGCCAUGCUUAGUUAGGUUUAGCUGUAAUCUUUUUUCCCCUUUCAACUCAUCAGAGCAAGUAUUGAUUUUAGUUUGAGCAUAAGCUUUGUUGGGAAUAUAGCUGCAUGAAGCUUUACAUUCAACUUUACUGAUAUUGCAAUUACUACUGUACCAAACACAAGAAAUAUUAAUAGAUCUUGAAGAUAGAACAACGAACAGAAA